AUGCCUUCUCGUACUCCCACAUUACCUACGCAAAACAGUUGUGAACGUUUAUUAAAACGUGUUCAGAUGUGUACAAAUCGAAGUUUUGAACGAACACCAUCACUCACCACACGAGUAAAACGAAAACAGUUUUUAACAUCAUCAUUCAUAUCAUCAACGAACAUUACACUGCUGAGUGAAUAUUCAAUGAAAGAAUCUCUACCAUCAACAUCAAUAGAUGAAGAUUCAUUUUUCCAGGAAACAAAACAUUGGAAGGAGCCAAAUUUGUUAAAUCGAACUCAGAACACAACGGACUGGCAAAUAAUUAGUCUUUGUGAUAUUAACCAAACACGAUCAUUAAUAAAAACCGAAACAAGAACAAAAACAAGUGGAGCAAAAUUUUUAAAUAAACACGUUCGUGAUAUUGAUCGUUUAGCCGAAAAUUAUGGACAAGAAUAUUUGACAUUGUUAAAAUUACGAAGUUAA